CUCUGCUGACUCAGUGUUGUGUCAGUGAAGUUGAUAUGAGAGAAGAAAAACUUCAAUAAAACUAAAUUAAUUCUCGAAUGCACUCCUUUCUCUUGACCAAACAUGACAGAGAGUCAGGAAUGUGAUGACCAGAUGUUAAUCGAGGACGACGGGCUUCGCUGUGUUGUCAAAAUGGAACCUGAAACAAGGGAGAUUUCAAAGAGAAUCAUCUUGUUAAUAGCGUGCUUGAGUGCUCUGUGUGACUGCCUUCUGUUGUCUGUAAUCGGUAUUUAUGGACAGUUUAUUUUUUGGUUAUUUUCUACCUCUUUCAUCAACUCAUUAACGCGUAAUUUUGGCGAGCGUGCUUAGUAUUUUGAUUUUAACGACACUGGUAGGCUGGGGAGAGAAAGAAAUUUGUACCGGGGGGGCGGUCGACGGUGAAAAAUAAGGAGGGGGGGGGGGGGUGGGGAAGUGAAGAUUACCCAUGCCUGAAGUCAUUGUUAUUUUGCAGAACUCUGUUUGUGGGUGAACAAACAUGUGUUUUUUUUUUGUCAGAAGACAGUGCUUCCGGUUUUUAAUGUAACUCAUUUUGAUUGGUUUAUUGCUAAUUUCCAGAAAUGCAGUGACGCGCAACUAAUUAUGGGGUGUUUUGCUUUUCAACAGUCUCUUCAGGCAGGCGUCUUCUUGCCUUUCCUCCACCCCCUACCCCUCCCCCUACUGUCCACUCUAACUCCAAACCAAACAUGGCCAGUUGGAUAAAUGAUUGGGAGCUUAUAACAUUGGCUGGUGCUAAUAAGAUGCCUGUACUGUAGGCUACUCAUAAUGCUGAGGAAGGGGUUUGUUCAGCUUACAUGUUUCCUUACUUUCCUAAUUUUUAAUCUGGCCCUCAGAGGUGAUUUACAUGUAAAUUCUCCUUGGGACUCCAAUAUGUUAUUAUGUUUAAGGUAAUGAGAACAAGUAAGCUUAUCAUCUAGAGGAUGUUCUCUUGAUAUGAUCCCUAAUUCCUCUGUCUUACUUAAAAGAAACUUAUUUAGCUGUUCCCCAGAGAACACUUAAAGAUCACAAUAAUUUUUUUAAAAAAAUUUUUAGUUUUUUGUUAAGUUUAGCCAGUGAGCUACACUUCUGCAAACAGGAAGUUGUAUCACACAUUGUAUUUCUCAAACAGUAAAAAACACAUUGCUACUGGUAUGAAAAGGUGCAGUUGGUUGUGUUAACAAAACUCCCUAAUGAAUUGUGUUUUAGUCACACUAACCAGGUAGGAGAAAUAAAAAAAGGUUGUACAACUACCUGUUUGCAGAAGUGCAGCUUCUUGGCAUAACUUAACAAAAAGUCAUUUCUGUGACUCCCAAGAAAUAAAUUCAUAGAAAUGUUAUCACAUAAAGGAAAGGGCAUGGUUUUGAAUUUGCUUGGCUUUAUGGGAUUAGGGAGCCUUUCUUGAUUUCUGCUGUGGCUUAUGCCUUUGAAAAAUAACUCGCACUGUUAUGAGAAACUCUUUCAAAUUUCACACUUUCCUGAGAUUGCAAAAAUAUUUGGAUUCAUUAAUUAUGGUUAUGUGUUUUGUCUUUCUGCAGUACCAAUUAUACCAGUAUAUUUGGAUGUAACUGAAAUACCAACAACUAGACCACAGAUUGCUGCCAACUCAACAAGCAACAAAACAUUUGCAACUGUUUCCCCACCAACAGUAAUAGAUUCAUCCAUGGAUCUCAAAAUUGGGGCUCUAUUUGCAUCCAAAGCCUUUGUUCAGGUUUGUUCUUUCGAUUUUAAUUGAGGUUGUAAAGAGUACCUUAGCACCUAAUCCUUUAUCCUGAAUAUCAACUCUUUUCUAUGGUAAAUGCUUUCCAAAAUAGCAAAUUUACUAAAUUACAAUAUGGGAUUAAACACAAUAUUUGUUUUAAAUUGUAAUGUUUCGGGGUAACCAUUAAAUAGUCUUCCACACUGUUGCAGCAGUGAUCUCAAGAUCUCAUUGGUAAUUCUCUCUACUGUCUGCUGUACAGUUCUUAAAAUAUUAGUUUGGGGAAUGUUGGUAUUGGAUCAAUUAAUAAUCUCUAAUUGAUAUUUUUCUUUAUUCUCAUUACUUGUCUGCUUGACAAGGUUUCGAUAUUAUAAGGAGAAAUUCUGUCAUGGUCACCCACGGGACAUUAAGGGUUUAAAGACCCGUAUCCAUUAAACAUGACAAAUGCAUUUUGAGAACCUCCCUAACAUAUUGCUGCAGAAAGCCAUUCAUCCUAAAUAUUAUUUAUUAUGUGGUGUUAUUCUGUGAGACCAAAAAAUCAAUUUUAUUCAAUUAGUAACAAGAAUGUAAAGUGCAAAUCUAAAUUUAUUUUCUGUCAUCUUAUGGAUGCUAUUGAUUUAGCUGAAUUUAGUAAAUAAGAUACCAUAGAUAUUAAACAGCAUGUUUUGCCAAGAAGAUCAUCUUGAACCAUUCAAUAAUAAUUUUACCUGUACUAUCUUACAGAUUAUGGUGAAUCCAGCAGCAGGGCAUCUAACAGAAAGGUAUAAGGAAACUGGUUAAAAAAAUUAAUUAUGAUUUUAUUAUUAAGUUUCAUAAUUUUCAAUAAUGUGAUUACAUCAUGUAGGUAUCACCUUACUCACACUUUUGAAAAAAAGUUCAGGUUUUCUCCAAAGCCUGAUUGGAUUCAUUCAAUUAACCUCUCAAAUGAAUUCACUUCUUUUAUAUGAAAGAAGGUUUCUUCAUUCAGAGGUGAUAACUGCUCUGUUUCAAAACUGAGAGGAAAUUCUUGCACAUAAUGACUAAAAGUUGUGGAAAUGUACACCCUUUGAUUCAAAUGGUUGAUUAUGAGUUACCUGUUAUAAUUUUAAUUUGCAGAGUGGGUUACAGCAUCCCAUUAUACAGUGGUUUUUGUGUCUUAUUUGUAUCAACUCUGGGUAAUAACUUUAUUCUGGAGUUUUACUUAGUACAUGUACUGGCUCAUGUGAGCAACCCAUCAAUAUGAAUAUUAAAUGCAAGCAGACAUAUAUCCUAAUACCCCAUUCUCACUGGCAAAACAUGUUUGGUGAAACUGGGUUUGGCUGAUCAAGAAUCAGAAACAGAGAUCUGAAAAACUGAAUUUUUCAUAGGUUGCAAUACAUGUAGUCACUGAAUUUUAUUCCAAUGUGUUCAAUUUUAAGUCAAUCAAGUUCAGUUUAAGGAGCUACUAUGAAGAAAAUAAUUUUUAUUUUACUGUGUUUGACAAAAGAGCCUUUAAAAAAUGUGUUUACAAGCUUUGAUCACUGUAUUACACUAUUAGCAUUUCCUUUUUGUGUGUGGUUUUACAUGUACGUGGUGUAAAUUCAAAUCAUUUUGAUUGCCAAUUUAGUAUUUGUCCACCACAGUUAAAGGUAAACUGUCUUAUGAUCUACUGUAAAUGUCUGUUGCGAUUUGAUUCACUCAUUUGGGUUGUGUAGAUUUGUCAAAGUAUGUAUCCCUUGCCAUAAGGAUUUUUCUUUUGCAUUUAGUGUAUGGCUUUGCAUCAGGAUAUUGGCUUCUCUUUGUAGCAAGGGCCAUUCAGGGGUUAGGAUCUUCUUUUGUUCUCAUUUCUAGUAAGUGAUUGUGUGCGUAAGUAAUUUUAUUGUCAACUAAAGCAGUAGACUGCACUUUCUAUUGGUUUAUUGGGCCAGGCUUUAUAACCCAUGCAGGAGCUUGGGAGAACGCUGUCUAGAAAAGUUUGUUUAUCACAAGCAGAAGGCAGGGGAUUUACAAACUCUCUUCAUGUUGUCUCAACAUUCCAAGUGGCUUAUUACACUGGUGAACCCAUGGAAAGUGCAAUCUUGCUCUUCUGAAAUACAUUUACAACAAAAACCAAUUACAUUGUAAUUUUCUAGGUUUUUGACUAAUCCAGUCAGUUGGAGUAUAUCAGUUAUUUCAGAAAAGUUGAAGAAGCUUUGCCAGUAGUAGAAGCAGUUUCCUCACCUUUUUUUGUUGUUUCUUUUUAUUGGUCAUCAGCACAUAAUUAUUUUCUGAUGACUGUGAGUGUUAAAAAUUGAAACUGAAAAGUAUGUUCCACCUGCUAAAAAUGGAUAUCUGUACAGUACUUUGGCAUUAUAAAAAUAACUAAGAACCUUAAUGACAAAGGAAGAGUUUUGUAUGAAACUAGUAGGGCUUAUCUAUGGUUAUGAAGCUGUUUGCUUGUCUAAAUUUUUGUUUGUUUGACUGAUAUUUUAAGGUUUAGCAAUGCUUGCAGCUGCCCACCCUGAUGAUAAUGAACGUGGGACAGCAAUAGGUAUAGCAAUGGGAGUGACAGGCCUUGGUGUUCUAGGUAUGUAUUAGUGAACUAGUAAAGCUAUCAAUUAUGUUCUUAAAGAUAGUUUCCCUGAAGUUUUCUAAAUCAUUUCUCUAUUAGAGGAAUGCUGGUGGACUGUGAUGAUUUGGGCUUCUUUAAUUUUUCUCUCCAGUGUGACAGAUUCUUAUAAAUUAGAUGCUUACUCAUCUGGUAAACGGUGGUCAUGUUGCCAUGGUAUUAUGUAGUAACAGUGUGAUCAUAGCUAAGCAGUGCACAUUGAUACAACAACAUAUUUUUAACUGAUAUGGGGGAUCCUACAAAUCUGUCUAAAGCAUAAGGAAAUAUAUUAGUACGGCAGUAACCCUUUUACUCCCAAGAUUUGAUUGACCAAACAUUAAAUUCUAGGGAACUUGGUGAGUGCUAAUAGUCCUAGCUCUUCUUUGGUUUUAUGACUGAAAAUGUUCUCUUCACAUUUGUAGCCGGGCCCCCCUUCGGAGGAUUGUUUUACAGUAUUGGAGGCAAGGGCCUUCCAUUCUUUAUACUUGCUGGUUUCAUUUUUUUAACAUUUGGUUAGUAUAAUUAUGUUUUUAUUGAUGGUUCCCAUCAUUUUUUAAAUUGUCUUAUUAUGAACACAACCUAGUUCUGGGAGGGUCACUUUUAUAACUUCCCCCUUGUGACAGGUAACCCUUAAAUAUGAGGAAAUUGUUACUCCAAGGUUACAAUUUGUGCUAAACAAAAUCAAGGCAGUAUAUAAUCACUAAAUAUCUUAUCUAUUUGGAAAAUUGAUAUUAGAGUUUGAGACUAUUAAUGUAAAGGUUGUUUGUAUCACUAAUAGGUUAGUAAACUUACAUUCUGAUAUAGAAAUUUUCUAUACUGCAUUUUGAAUUAUCAGCUUAAUAGAUUAUUUACUUAUUGAUGAAAUAUGUGUUGUUUGGCUAGGUGUGGGUGGUUAAAGCAGAAGAAAUGUUUAGUCUUAUCAUAAUUCAAUUUUCAUUUGUCACUGUGAGACAUAUUCUAAUUAAAUUGAGUAUUUUUUAUAUAGUAAGCAGUACUCUUGAAUUUAAUCCCAGAAAAAAAUAAUUUUAAAAAAUUAGCAGAGUGGUCUAUAAACAUCCAAUGUUUAGUUCACUUUAAUUAUUUUCUUUCCUUAGUAUUGGUGGCUAUUAGUCGGAAGCCAGUUAUGCCAAAAGAUGUAAGUUAUGAUGAAAUUCAUCAUUCAUGCUGAAGUAUUCUUGAUAAGGCUUAGUAUCUUUAACUACGCAUUGAACAGAGCCUGAUAUAGUUAAAUGGUUCUUGGAAAUGGAUGCUUAUGAGGAAUAUUCAGGACAAAAAAGUAGGGGUUACAUUAAUCUAAUGUAUGUGAAUGAUACCCAAAUCUUUAAAAAAAGACUAAGUGAUGUGAACUUUUGUUUUAUUGUUUGACAAACUCAGUAAAAUCCAAAGGACUUCGACCUUUUGAUAAAUUGGAUAUUGUAGAUUUUUACAAAUUAUGGAAAAAGCAAAAAAAAAAAUUUUUCUAAAUUGAAACUGAUUAAAAAAACAAUAUCAAUAACAUUAUUUUCAAUGAUAGCUGACAAAGCUGUCUUUAACCAUGUUUGGAAGUUUCUUAGUGCUGAUGUUUCAACAAUUAUGACAAGUAAAUCUUCCUCUCCUGAAACCAAAUGCUGAAGUUAUUUUACAACAGUAAAAAUUUGAUUUGAAGUAGAUGUUUAUUUGUAGACAGUAAAACCCACCCUCAAGGACUUGUUGUCAGAUCCUUACAUUCUGAUUGCCAGUGGUAAGUUGGGUUAAGGAAAUGUGUUACUUGUAGUUUGAAGGAGGCCAGCAGGGAUUUUUUUUCAAAACUGAGCCUCUGAUUGAUUAAGAAAACUUCAAAAUGCUAGCAUCAAGUUUUCACCUCUCCUCACCUACAGUUUUAAUUACAACAAUCACCAUUAAGUUUUGAAAUGUGUGACUCACAACACUGAAGUUUAGAAUGCAUGGGGAUAAAGAAAUAAUGGUAGUUUUAUUUUCACUAACUGGCCACAAGAGUUAUAAAAUAAUCUUUUUCUUAUUCUAUGAGAUCUGGAAGCAGUAUAUCAGUAGCACAUAAGUUUGACAGUUUAUGUGUCUGCCAAGCAAAGUUUUCUUUCCUCAAAUUGUACCAAAUGACUCUCUUCAUCAUAUGGACUGGUACAUCAUUUUGCCAGACUGAGUACUCUUUGCAUGUUUUAAAGUAUGCUCCCAAAAUUCUGAAUUGUGUGAUUCAGAAAGCAGAGUGUGAGAAGCAUACCAGUAGUUUUACUAUCACUAACCAGCUGAAAAAGAGUUACCAAUCUGUCAGUGACUAAUUUUAUUCAAUGGAAUGUGACAGCAGGACAUUAAACCUAAUACCCCUAAGAGUGAAUAGCAUCUAAUAUCUACUUACAGUAUCACCACCUAAUCCAAUAUUAAGGUCAUGAGAGUAAAGGAAAUGGUUGCCAACUAGAGAAGCUCUGGAUUAUGAAGCAAAUUCUCCUCACCAGUACCUUAGGAAAUGUAUAGGGAACAGUAUGAAGAAUUUGCAUACUGAUGUUAGGGUGGGAAGGGAUAAAGCACAAAAAUUAGUUGUAGACAUUUUACAUCACUCUACCUUUUAACUGUUGAAGAGUAUGCACCCAAUUUCUGGAUAUCAAACUGAGGAACCAAAUUGUUUGAUCUUAAUGACCAUUAUGUCAAAUUUCCCAAUUUUAAAUAUGUAAGAUGUUCUUGAGAAUUUUUCUGGUCAUCUUGAGUAAGGAGAAACAUAAUGUGAUUAUGACGUGUUAUCUGUUGGUAGGUGCUGUAUGUUUCUGCAACAUGUCAUUUGCUCUGCUAGAACCGACAUUACCAAUAUGGCUGUUAGAAACUAUGGAUGCCAAGAAAUGGCAGAUAGGUAAGGAAAUGAAGUUACAGUUAACCCCUUCCCUUGCUUGGGGGUGGGGCAUAUAAAUUUCUAGGACCUGCAAAUAAGGGGGCUAAAGGAGAUGAAGGCUUUUUAGAGAUGGGGACUCCUUAUUGAGGGAAUUUUACCAAGUGCCAAAGUGUGAGACAGUAUUCUCCUUCUGCACCGUUACCCAGGUUUUACAAAUAACUAGUGCCCAUCUUUGGUUUAUGUGAUCAGAAAAGAAAGUGUGCUAUUAAAUUUAACAGGUGUAAAUUAAGAAGUCUGUUGGAAGAGGGAUAAAAGAUAGCCCAAUAUGUCUGAACCUGUGUAGCCCAGCUGCUUUUCUUACUGACUGUCCUUUUAUAGCUUGACUUCAUCUGCUUGACUUUUUUUUUUCUUUGAAUAACACUGCCGAACAGAAGAGUUUUUCCAUUGUUGCAAGUAAACUUCAUUUAAACUGCGGCCAAGAAAAGGAAGUUUAUGGUUUCACAUUUUUUUUCCUUGAAAGUUUGCCAUUAUAACCCUUUAUUUCAUAUACAAGAGCCAGCUCUCCUUAGCUUGGUCCAAAAUUUUGUAAUAUUUGCCACAGGGAAUGAAUGGAAGUUAUGUGUAAUCAAUCUGAAAAUGAUCUGUUAAAAAAAUUUAUGGUUUUUCAUUUUACAGGUCUUAUUUUCCUGCCCUCUACUGGAGCAUACCUUAUAGCAACACCACUCUUAGGAAAACUUGGCAAUAUCAUCGGCAGGUCUGUAGGAGUGAUGCUAUAUGUUUUAGAUUGCUUUUGUCAUAACUUGAUUUCAGAAAAAGUUGUUAGGGAGAUCAGACUGCUGACUUAUAAUGGUAAUAGGACCCAGUGGAGUCCAAUUUGGUCCGUAAUCGUAGCAGUGAUUAACAAAAUUUGAUGACAGCUAAGCGGGAGUCUGAUUUUUCAAUAAUGAGUAUGACAGAAAGUCCUUUUAGCAAUCAAUCAUAAUUGUUACAAUUUCCAAAAACAACAAAUACUUUUAGGACAAAUAUGUGCAGUGGAGACAAUGUCUAAGUAAAAAAUUCCUCAACUUUGGAAAUUCUACAAUUUUUUUAGGAUAAGUGCUUGUUGUUAUGGUUAUUACUAUCAAUUCUGUGAUUGGAGGAUUUGACUGACAGGACUGUCAGCCAACUGUCCGAUUACGCUGUCGGAUUACAACUCUAGAGAAUGAUUAGUGAACAAUAAAGCAGCUAAUGCACCAAUCACAUUUGAGGAAAUUGUAAUGGUUAUGGUUAAUAAAUGAACGAGAGUGAUAUUGGCAGUAAUGAACACUACUUAAGCAGCAGUGAACAUAAAGCUUCGGGUUCAUAGUGAACCAGUUAAAUGCCCAGCUUCCAGUUGGUAGAGCACUACACCGGUAUCGCAGAGGUCGUGGGUUCAAAUCCCGAAUUUUUUUUCAGGCUUUAUUUACUGCUUAAGUAGAGUUUAUUACUGUAAAGAUCACCCUCAUUCAUUUAACAUAUUUUAUUCUGGACGAUCACUUGGGUUAAAAUGGAAAAAUUGUGAGCAGCGGAAAGACAAGUGUUAUCCUAACUCAGGAGUGAACUUCUUCUAUUUUGUCUAUUUUAGGUGGCUUGCAUCUCUGAUUGGACUUGUGUUGGUUGCUGUUAGUUUAUUUGUGGUGAGUAUUUCCUUUCCAAUUUAAUUCAAAGCUUCAAAGUUACCAAGGCAUGUUACUAUCGCAUUUAGCAGCCUGAGCCUUUUUCUGUACUACUUUCAGAUGAUCCGUACUUUCUGGUUUCUAAAUGGUGUACUGAGUAUAGGCUUUUCGAAUUAAGUAAAGACAAACGUGAGAAGAAUCUCACUGAAAAGUGGAUAUGGCAGGCACAACCUAGCCUUUUUUUUGCCGAUCGUGUGGAGUCUUCAUCCGAAAAAUUCCUGCAGGGAAAAAAUCCUGCAAAAUAAAUCACCACAAAACCUUUACCUCCACCUGCAAACUAGGCAGGGGGUUUUUAGAGAAGUUUUUUGUUCAAUUUGUUGUCGGUGUUAUUACCCUCUAAGAUUGUUAAGCUGGAAUUGAGUGAUAUUUAUCUGAUGGUUAACGAGCAAGCUCUUUCGCAGGGUGAUUCAUUCUCUCCUCUCUCCCGUGAGGAGAGUCAGAAGGAAACUCAGAAGCAUAUAACUCAGAAUAGGUUAUAUACUUCUGGUGGUAUAGAGCGUGUUGUAAAUCAUCAAGUGAAGAAAGGUGAUGUGCUGUGCUUCGUUCUUUUUUACUUGUUCAUCUUCUUGAACAGAAAGAUCGCCAGCAAGUUGCAAGUAGCAGAAAUUUCGGUUAUUACGACCCGUACACUUUUGUUUCUGCAGAAAUCAAAAUAUCGAACAUCCGCUUGAUAGCACUCACAAAAGCUUUCGUGCUUCACGAUAGUAUUGAUAAGCGGCGGUUUCCUGUUUCAUGGAUCGUCGCUUGCGAGACUCCACAAUGUCCUGUAGAGUGCCAACACCUUCAUUGAGAUUAAUCAUUUCAUCAAGGAAUUUCCUUAAGUGAGGGCAGAUUUUCCUUGUCACGGAAUGGACAGUUAUUAAGAUAAACACAUCAUUGAUGCUUUCCCAUCAGCUGUUCUGUAUUUUUACACAUUGUUCACAGGUUCCGGUUGCGAGGACCCUGGCUGUUCUUGUAGCCCCGCUGUUUGCCCUGGGCUUUUGUAUCGGUGAGUUAAGGCCGGAUGUGAUUCAGUUCAUUUUUCACCUUUUAUGUUUUCCAUGCGCCUUUUCUCAUAAGGGAGUUUGUGCGGAAGUUCAAACACGGCAGGUGGUAAUAUUAGGGACUUCGAAAAAAACACAUCUUGCCCUAAAGAUAUCAAGUUUUACUUCCGAAAGAGAGGGAAACAUAUGUUUUUUCAGUGCGGUUUGUUUUCAGUCAUUAGCAACUUCAAUUUUCUUUAAAAUUUUUCCCGACAUGAUACAAAUUUAGAUAAGGACGUAGAGCAAUUUAAAGGUGGACCUACCAGUGAGAGGAUCUGUUCUCGAUCAAUAUUCCAUCGUGGGUUAUUUUUGUACUCAGUUAAACUAAUCGCUGUUUUCAUUAUAGAUUUUUAUCGCCUUGUGAGCACGAGAUAUGAUAUUUUGUCAUUAGUUACCAUCGUGAAGGGUAAUUUAAUGGAGGUUAAGUGUGCAGUGAAGUGAUUCAAGAGGAACCCGCUGUGAUGUGAUUCGACCAUGGCACGCAACUUUGUGGAGAAGCGGAGAAAACAUUAAACUUUCAGUCUUAAUAAGGGCAGACUUUUUCGUAACCAAGCACUAUUUUAUGCAGUGGAUUGUAAUGGGGUUGCUUCAGUUAGAACCUUCCACUGUGGAGAAGGAUUUUUUGCUUAAUUUUUGUUGUGAUGGGGUUGGCUCAGUGGGUUUCGUGGGUGUCUAUUACUAAGUUGUGACACGCAACUAAAUCAUUCAUGACAGUGUAUUUCAAUUCAACAAAAUGAAUACUCUCAAGACUAUUUAAGAUAAUUACUGAAGUCAAAGUUGUUAUUUCAAGAUGUCAUAAUUUGUGAGUGUGCGUGUAAUUGUGUGUGUCAAGCAGAGUAACUUAACAAAGGAGUCUAAACAAAGUAUAUUAUUAGUGUCGUGGCAAUGGAUGUGAGUUAAGAGAACCGCGGUGGCAUCGCCUGGGGCUGGUGCCUUUUAAUAGCUUAAUUACUGAAUAGACAGUACUCUUUUGUAAUGUAAACGAAACCUCUUAUUACUUGAUGGUGUGUAGGAAUGGUUGAUGCGUCCAUGGCUGCCACCUUGGCCUACCUUGUGGACAUCAGGUAAGUGUUAAUAGGAUCGUUAAUGAUUUCAUCUCCUUGUUUUUGUGUGACUGCAAGUAGAUACACCGAGAGGGCGAUACACUUAAGACUUAGAAGGUCAACUCCUAACGUCUUCCCUCCCGUCCCCCCUACCGCUUUCCCUCCCCUACCCCCUAGCGUUUCCCGCCCCUAAUCCCUCCCCCUUCCCUGUAACGCAUUCGUGUGCCCCCAAAAAACGAAUGAAGAGUAUUUCUAAGACAUGGCUUUCUUCAUGCCUUGGAGAAGUUACUGUGAUUUGUUUUCAAACGUUGGUUGUUGAAAUGUUUUUUUUCUUUUAUUGUCUUGAGCCGUUUGGCCCAUGUUUGCAAAUUGAUGUGCUUUCUUUAGCUACUUACAUGAUUACUGAUACCCUGAGCCAUAUUUGAGCGACAUUUUUAAAUCAGGUGCUGAUGUAAAGGGCACCAUUUUAACCAUAAGAUAACCUUAACCUCUGUUUCCCCUGACCACAUUUGCUAAAGCACCUUUACAUUGCCUCUUUAAAGUUACCCACCCGAGAUUACUUGCCAUUAGGCGAUAACUGUACUUUGUGCAUACUGAGCGUUUUUUCGGAAUGAAUUCUAAACCCAGAUUUAAAUUUUUGUACUUUUAUUCCUGAAACUGAACGUCUGUAAACGACUUUUGGUACAGUUCUGUUUUCACUAUCACUAAAGACAUUGAGUUUUUACCUUAAUCAGCAGUGCUAUUUUCUCCCCUUCAGACACGCCUCUGUAUAUGGCGCUGUAUUUGCUAUUGAAGAUUUUGCGGCCUCAGUCGGUUUCGCCUUUGGUAUGUGUGUUUAGUUCCUUGCUAAACCAAUAAACAUGCACUAACAUAUUGAAUGCACUUUUCAUCGUCCUGAAGUCCAGGAUGAUUCUUGUCUCGUAUACGAAUCUAUAUAUAAUUGAAAUUUAAGAAGGAGGAAAUCCUAAAUGAUUUUUACCUGUUUUUCAUGUGCACUGUUUCCGAUUGGCCGUACAUCAGGGUUUCAAAAAAAUUUGCCAUAAGCGGUUGUCGAUGUUGUAAUGGGCGGUUGUAUUCAGGAAAGGGGUCGUAAGACGAAAGCAAAACACAAGAACUUGCUAGUACGCUGAACAGAUGGCAGUGAGAUGUCAUCUAGGCGACGGCAGACCGCCGGUAGUUGGCUUUUGUUGAAUCGUCUGCCCUGCAUUGACUUUUUUUUACGAGCUUUAACAUUUGCAUUUGCGUUAGUUCACUGAACGCUGGACAAGUUCGCGUUAGGUUUCGUAAAAGUGUUAUCCGUGAAACUUUUUCCUCUUUAGUCAGUUAAGGGUAAGCGUGAGUUGUUUUAACAUGUAUGUGUUUCAUAAAAAUGUUAUCUAUUUUCACUAAUGACCUUGAAGUAAUCGAAAUGUAAUUUGAUUUUUAGGACCACUUCUUGGAGGAGUAAUUGUAUCUGAAGGAAGUUUUCAAUGGUAGGUAGCUUUUUCAGUUUUAGUGGCGAAAUUCUACCGUAUUAUGUGAUCGUAAAAAGCUUAGUUUCCGGUGACUGGGGUUCUGAAAACCACGAAUACCUGAACAUCAUGAACUGCUACCUCCCUCUUUAUGAGGACUAAAGAAAUAAAGUUAAAUGCGAAAAGAAAAAAUUAUUUUUGCUUUCCUUUUUAAGGCUCCUCACUUACAAAGUCAGACUAUUUUCGCUAAACAUUAUCAGGGAGCCUUACAAUUUUCGUUUCUCCGACAGUUCCGAGACGGGUUGUUCACACAAUAUUCGGGAAACGACUUAAGGUUUCUAAAUUCUAUGCCAAACUAAACGAAAGCUGUCAAUUCUUGUACUAAACCAGUGAGUUAAAUUGGGAUGUAUAGCCAACUGCCCAUAACCUACAUACUACCUGUUCAAAAAAUUAUUUAUCCCCGAAAAAGUUGACGCUAUUUCGUCCUCUGCAUCGCGGCUGUUUCUUGUUUCUUGUUUCCCGUUUACUCUGAACCGUGGGCACUGAAAUUUUCCAGCGAACUUUGCAUUCGCUGCUUCAGGGUCAGACCAAAGCGAAGAUGACUGCUUUUACUACCGUUUCGGUGAAUGACAUGGAAAUGAAAAAAGGUAGAGCCCAGGAUAUAUUACACAGAAAUACCUCGAUUAGUUUAUGUUUAGUGUGUCUCUUUUAUCGCUUGUUCUUUCAGGCUUCUGCGUGGAUUAGCGAUUCUGAAUCUUUUCUUUGCUCCACUCCUUGUGUUUUUGAGAAACCCACCAGCCAAACAUCAAUUAUUGCAGAAUGAGGACACAGAAGGUAGAAUUGACAGACAUGUUACAAUUGUGGUAUUUAUUGUAUCCCAGAUGUCGUUUGAAAUAACUCGGCAGCGUCUUCCUUGUGGCGUUUUAAGGUAUUUUGAGCCGAUCAUAGAAAAUCUCCCUUACCUUGAACGAAGCCUUGAAACAAAAACAAAAAAAUGUAACGGAAGAGGCAUAUCCAAGGAUGGUUCAGGAUAAAAAAAAAAGGUUAGUACGGAUUGCAAAUUUUGACUUUUCGAAAAUUUUGGCUAAUUUGGACCCUAGUCCUUUGAAAUCCAUGGCCAGAAAACUUUCUGUAGCCAUUUGUAGAUAUUACUCGUUAAUUUUCAACUACCAGUUUAUAAAGAAGAUGUUACUGACUAAUUCUGAACUGAGUUACGGAAACUUCUCAUGGUUUUUCUUUAUUAUCAUAAUUAAAACAGAUGUUUAAACACAUUACGGAUUUAGCAGUCUUUAAGAAUUAGACCUUAUAUCAUAAUUUACAACGAUCAUUGGUGGCUAAUGGGCUUAACAUUUCCAAUAUCCUUUUUGGAUCGUUGCCAACAUGAUUUACCUUGUUCAGGAUAAUUUAGUUAACCCAAGUUCAAAAUCUGUUCAGUUUUACACUAUAGGAUGGUUUCGGUUUCAGGUAUUGAUGAACAAAUGGAGCCAGCAGAAAUACGAGAGAGCUGUGAAUGAGCGUGUGGAGAGAUUUGCCAGAAGGUAAGGUUCAGUAGUAGCUUACCUAAAAGUUCCAAAUUUUGUUGCGGUUAAACUAAUUAUAGCCGUCUCUUCUGCUGAAGUGAUCUUAGCGUUUUCUUUGCAAAAAAUAGAAAUCUUUUGAAGUACGGUUCAAGUGUUAGUUAGUGCUUCUGCUGUAAGUUGGGAGAAAGUUCGGGUUGCGCAACACUCGAAAGUCGAAUCAGUGAAUGAGCACUGAUGUGCUAUAUUUAUUUUCCUUCUGCAAGGCUUUCUUUGCUGUUAUUUUUAAACCAGUACAAAGGACUUUGGACUUUCCGGGUGCUGAAGUUCAGCGACACGUAGCGGGAGAACAAGUCAACAAUUCAUCCUGACAAAUACAUCUUCGAGAUCAUUUCAGACUAUUAAUGGCUUUAAUUAUAAGCGUAACAGAUAUUAUAAACGUCUAAUAUGCUAUCUGCCCCCUUCCUGUUGAUCUCAAUUUGUUUUCGUGCCUGGUGCUGACUGAGGGGGCAACACGUAUCGGAAAUUUAGAACGUAAUCCAUGUAAACAAGGGGAACUAAAUUUCCGUGUGAAAUUGAUCACUGCAGUGUUUUUGAGUUGUUGAUAUUUGUGAUGGCGGUUGAUCCAAAGGUAGAACGUUAAUUGUUGUUCACGAGCUAAGUGGCCUGUGAGAGAGUACCUCGGUUUGGUACUUCUCUUCCUUUUCCCCCCUCCCCCUCCCCCCUGAUGAGAUGCUGGUCCACAUUAGACCUUUAGCCCAUCAUCCAUAUCCCUCAAAGUUUGCGGAUCUUCUGGUUGGAGUGAGGCUCUUUAAGAUAAAAGGGUCUUACCUAAAAACACGACGCAAUCACCUCGGCCAAGAUUCUAACAUGAAUUUUUUUUCUCCGGAAUCAACCACGUUGACCAUUUUUCCCUUCAUUAGUCACUCACCCUUUCACCAAUUUAGAUAUUUGAAGACGUAAUCCAGUAUAUGACAAUGACAACCCCCUCCCUCACCCCAUCCUUUGCCUUAGAUACUGUGAUGACUAUUUUUUCUCUUGUGUAGAAACCGAGAUUGUUCAUUCCUACAGAAGAAUUGAAAGCCUUAUUUACAUCGGUGUUCACUUACUUGCAGGAAAAAAAUCCGAGAACAAGAACGGGGAAAAGACAGAACUGGCAGCUGGUGCUGUUCCAGCGUUUUAGUCUGGCUCAGAUGAAAUCUGAGUCGUAUUUUUAUCAGGAGAUUUCUUUCGGUCUGAAGUGGAAUUGGAUUCGUUCCUUCGCCACGCUUAAGCUGGACAUUUGAAAAAUAUUAAGAAAUUUAUUUAAAUGGUGUUUUUGAGCAAAGAACACUUAAACUAAACGUUCAAAACAAUUAUCUUAG